ACAAUAUUAUUAGAGGCUGGAACAGAUAUAUUAUAGCCACAUAAAAAAACCCCACCAUGUCGGUUGCCUUUGCUUCUGCUCGCCCAAGAGGCAAAGGGGAGGUCACCCAGCAAACUAUCCAGAAGAUGCUAGAUGAAAAUCACCACCUAAUACAAUGUAUUAUGGAUUAUCAGAGCAAGGGGAAAACUGCAGAGUGUACUCAAUACCAACAAAUCUUGCACAGAAACCUGGUUUACUUGGCAACAAUAGCAGAUUCUAACCAGAAUAUGCAGUCCUUACUUCCUGCACCACCAACGCAAAACAUAAACUUGGGCCCAGGAGGAAUGACUCAGAGUGCAUCCAACCAAUCUCUCCAUUCACAGAGCAAUCUCAGUGAUGCAAUCGGGACGGGCCUUCCUCCUUCCUCCCUCAUGCAGAGUCAGAUUAGCAAUGGUCCUAAUCACGUGUCUAUGCAGCAGUCAGGCCAGAACACCAUGCCCACGACCUCUCUGAGUAUGACUGUCAGCAGUCAUGGAACUGGGCCUGGUUAUAGCCAUACAGUGCCUGCAUCUCAGAAUGUGCCAAUGCAAGGCCAGGGGUCAAUAGGCAAUUAUGUCUCUCGAACAAACAUCAACAUGCAGUCUAAUCCAGUGUCCAUGAUGCACCAGCAAGCAGCAACGUCGCAUUACAACUCGGCACAAGGAGGGAGCCAGCACUACCAGGGGCAAUCCUCCAUUGCCAUGAUGAGUCAGAGCAACCAAGGCAACAGCAUGAUGGGUCAGCGGCCGAUGGGCCCCUACCGAGCUUCCCAGCAAGGUUCCUCACAGCAGUACAUGGGUCAGGAAGAAUAUUACAGUGAACAGUACAGCCAUGGACAAGGCUCAUCAGAACCUAUGAAUCAGCAAUACUACCCAGAUGGACAUGGUGACUAUGCCUAUCAGCAGUCAUCCUAUACUGAGCAGAGCUAUGACAGGUCAUUUGACGAUUCUACACAACACUAUUACGAAGGAGGAAAUUCCCAGUACAGCCAGCAGCAGGCAGGAUACCAGCAAGGAGCUGCACAACAGCAAACAUACUCCCAGCAGCAAUACCCAAACCAACAAAGUUACCCAGGACAGCAGCAAGGAUACGGUCCUGCACAAGGAGCCUCUUCACAGUAUUCCAGCUACCAACAGGGACAGGGGCAGCAAUACGGGAGUUACAGAGCUUCCCAGACCGGCCCAUCUGCUCAGCAACAGAGGCCUUAUGGCUAUGAGCAGGGACAAUAUGGAAAUUACCAGCAAUAAAAGAGCAUGUUCCUGUGUCAGAUUCAUUUCAAUAGUAUCUCCAUCUUUUGAACUGGAUGUACAGGCAGUUUUGAUUAAUUGUAAUAUGUUGGUUACCCCUUAGCACAAAGCAGCGUCUGUAUGUGAACAGUGUUCAUUUCAUGCUGGAUAUGAAGCAGUGCACUACUGGUAACACGACAGUGCUUUAAUGGUUUGAUAUUUGGUGCUGUGUAUAGUACUGUAUGUUGAUACAAUGCAGAAGUUUUUCAUUUACCCCCCUCCCUAGCCCCAUUCUUGAUGUUUCCAAAUAGCUUUAGGAUCAUUUGAUCACAGUUGUGCCCCAUUCUGGAGAACAGACAGGUUAUUCUGCAGUCUGGCUCAAUACGGAGCCAUUCAGUCAUGUCUCAGUACAGGGAGUAUCCUGUGGCAGGUUAUUGAUCUUUUUCUAACUGAAUGCAUUGAAGAUUACCUGCUGGCCUCUGAAAUCCAAGGCUCUUUACUUCCUAAAAAUAAAGGUAUGGCUACAUUCCUUAUGUGAAGACAGUUCUAUACUAUAUGAUAAAAUUAACUGCAACUUCUGUAACACCUGCCCAAGUCUUACAAUUAGGUAAUCUGCUAAGUCCACAUUUCUGUUGUAAAAGGUACAGAAAGAGGAUCCAAGCCUAUAUUCAAGGAAACCUUAAUCACUAGAGGCACCUCUUCUAUAUCUAUGUAAACUAAGGUAUUUCUACUGUGGAAAGGAAAACAGAAGGGAGCUCCAAGAUCUGCAGCGUCAGCCUCCUAGACGUCAGUAUUGCUUCAUAUUGUGCUUAGCUAAGAAAAACAUCUGGCAAAACUCCAGUCUUAAGUAUACCACUCCAAAUUCUGUAACUCCCGUAUCCAUUUUCAUGCCAAAUUUUGCAAGCAGGUGGCUGGCAUCCUUCUUCAGUUCCGAUUCUUCCAUUGCCCUUGCGCAGAUUUUCCAGCAAGUAUGACCAUAAAUAUUGUCCCAUGAUUUGGUCUGUUGUUCUUACAGUUCACCAUCAGUUUUUAUUUUCCUCUGAUAUUUUGACAGAAAUAGUUCAAAAGUAAAAGAAAAAAAAAUCCAUCUUUGUAGCAAAUAAGCAGCUGAAUGCAGCUUUAAUUGUGAAUCAGUAUUAUGCAUGUAGAGAGGGGAACUAUUAAUGGGGUCAACCAGCGAGAGAAUAUCUAUAGAGGGAGAAUUUAGGAAUAAAGACUAGUGGUAUGUAAAAGCCAGUAUGGACAAUGUGAGUCACUUCUAGGCAGUUUUAUACGUUCUUAUGAAGUGUUGAUAAAAAGCACUUAUAAAGUGCUAAUACAAGUGCUGAAGGAAAUACCAUGGCCAAACUUCUCUGCUGCAGAAGGCCAGGAUGACCACACUAUGUGAGCAACUUUAAUAUGAGAUUAACUGCAAAUUUACAAUAUAAAUACACCCUCUGUAGGUUGUUCUCCUUUUCUUUACCUGAACUGGUGUAUUUAUAGGAUUUCAGUUUGGGGUUAGAAAAACCAAGACCACAAGGAAAAGAAGAGAUCUCCCAAUUCACUGCUUUUUAUUUUUCUCUGUAAAGUCUUUAACUGGACAACUAAAGAGUUUACUAUUAAAUGCUGUCCAAGCACGGCCCAUGCUACAUUAAUAGUUUUAAUUACUGAUUAAAUAGUGGGUCCUCAUUUCUCUCAUCUUUCCUGCUGGUGUUUUCAUACAAACAGCAAGGAACAGCAAGGAAGAUUGCUUUCUUUACCAUGUUGAUAUUACAGGUAGCCAGAAGAAUGCAAUAUUGCUCUUUGCCAGCUUGGAAAUAUGCCUUUUAUGUGGGUUUUUGAAAGUGCUGAAAUACUGUUGAGAGAAUAUGAACACCACUUCAAAUGAAACAGCAACAUUACAUCAAUCUGAAAUGUCUUACAUUAAGAACUCCGUGAAUGUUGUGUAUAUAAUGUACUUGAAAGAGCACUUUGGAAAUAGUUUGUACAUUUAUUUCCUAAUUUAUACAUGAUUUUUGGUGUUAAUAUUUUUAUUGUUAAUAACAAAAUGUUUAUUUAAUGUGUUGUCCAUUUUUAUGUAUUAAUGUGGAAACAAAGUGAUGCCAGCAUUUGGACUUCUUCCAUUAACUGUAUCAUUUUCUGGUUUGUAAUACAGAAUGCUUGAAAACUG